CAAACAUCAGAUUUCCAAUUUCAUAUAUAUUUUAUUUCUCCUUCCUCCUCUUAAAAACCACCUACCCUUGCCUUUCUUUGAAUAUACUUUAUUCUUACUGGCAACAAAACAAAUCUUACGAUCAGAUGUCAUUUGCAAUCUGUUCUUGAGACGAGCUAUUUCUUGUAGUGUGUGCUGUUUGGUCUUGAACGAAGAUUAUCAAGAUUGCCCCCAAGAACCUGAAGUUUGGAUCUUUGAUCAGUGAUUAUUGUUAAAUUUUGUCUUUGAACAAGUCCAAAUUGCAUGUAGGAGGAUAGGAUGAAAGCAGGGUUUUCAAUAUUCAAGAGUACAGCAUUCUCUCUUCUACUCAUUGUUCUUGUGUGUGCAACUGUUCUUGUAUGGGCAUGGCAGAGAACUCCGCUUCUAACCGCCUUCCUCCCGCCUAAUAGUCUUCUACAACUUUCGCCAGAAGAUAAAGACAAUCAGCCAGUCCUGACAGUAGGAAGAAAUGGCACUGCAGAAACUUCUACAGGUUUGGUAGAAGCAGAAGUGAAGCAUGACCAGAAAAUGGAAACAAAUCUGAAAACAGAUGUGCAAAUUAUGGAGUUUGCACCACCAGAGCGUUCUGAAAAUACAAGCUCUACCACAGGGAAGGAACAAUAUAAUGAGAAUGUUAAUGAUCAAGGCUGUAACUAUGCAAAAGGAAAAUGGGUUUUAGAUAAUAGCCGGCCUUUAUAUUCUGGAUUUCAUUGUAAUCAAUGGCUGUCACAUAUGUGGGCCUGCCGCUUGAUGCAGCGCAAGGAUUUUGCCUAUGAAAAGCUACGGUGGCAACCAAAAAAUUGUCAAAUGGAAGAAUUUGAAGUGUCCAAUUUCUUAGAAAGGAUGCGAGACAAAACUCUAGCUUUUGUUGGAGACUCUUUGGGCCGACAGCAGUUCCAGUCGUUAAUGUGCAUGAUCACUGGUGGUAAGGAGAGCCAUGAUGUAAAAGAUGUAGGAAAGGAGUAUGGACUCGUCAUGCCUCAUGGAGGUACUCGCCCUAAUGGGUGGGCUUAUCGGUUUUCAAGCACCAAUACGACUGUCCUUUAUUACUGGUCAACUUGCCUCUGUGACCUGGAACCUAUUAAUACCACAAACCCAGAAACUGACUACGCCAUGCAUCUUGAUCGGCCUCCAGGAUUUUUGCGUCAAUUUCUUCAUAAAUUAGACGUCCUAGUUCUGAACACAGGGCAUCACUGGAAUCGAGGAAAGCUUAAAGCUAACCGCUGGGUCAUGUAUGUGGGUGGUAUGCCCAAUACCAACAGGAGACUAGCAAUGAUUGGGGAUGCCAAAAACUUCACUAUCCAUAGCAUUGUCAAUUGGGUGAAUUCUCAGCUUCCAAAACAUCCACACUUGAAAGCUUUCUAUCGAAGCAUCUCACCUAGGCAUUUUGUCAAUGGUGAUUGGAACACAGGGGGGAGCUGUGACAACACAACCCCAAUGUCUAUAGGAAAGGAAGUACUGCAAGAUGAGUCUAGUGAUUAUAGUGCUGGAAAUGCAGUGAAGGGGACUGGGGUUAAGCUCUUGGACAUAACAGCUCUAUCCCAACUAAGAGAUGAGGGUCACAUAUCACAUUAUAGAACUACAGCUGCGAAAGGAGUGCAUGAUUGCUUGCAUUGGUGUCUGCCUGGUGUUCCUGACAACUGGAAUGAAAUCCUUUUCGCACAUAUUAGUGCUACAUCAGUGAUUAAUUCUUGAAGGUAAAUGGUUUGAAGAAGGUGAUAUCAUUUUGUGGAAUGGGUCAAGAAUUCCAUCAAGAAAUUUUAUUACAGUGAUUUUUUUAGAUCUGGGAGAAAGAAGGAAUGAUAGAAAGUUUAGGAGAAUUGUUUUAAUUUGGUGAGAGUUACUGAUAGAAUAAGUUGAUGACAUGGUAUAUUAAUUUAUGGGUCCAAAUGCUACUGCAUAAUUUGAGCACCAUAAAAUUUCUCGACUUUACGCACAGGAAUGCAACACAAUUGGUUCAGAGAGGCUGCUUAACAGAGCUUCAAACUGAAGUUUUUAUUAUUCCAGAGUUUUGAAAAUCAUGGAGAAGGUUCGAAUUCAUGGUUAAGAAGAACGAGCAGUGUUGUAGCACGGACUGCAGCAAUUUUAGUGGAUAACAUCUGCUGAUUCAAUCUCAAGUUUCUAGCUCAAUUAACCAUUUGUUUCUGUGACUGCUGCGUUUCUUUUGGAAUUCAAAUUUAAAAGGAAGCUGCAAAUGCCUGGGGUGUAUUUGCAAAUGCCUGUGUUGAAUAUAAAUUGAGAGAAGGGACAAGUUGAGAUUUCUGUAUUCACAUAUAAGCAAAUCCAUAUGAUAGUUGUCGUACACAUUUUUCUAUCUA